AUGAGCUUUUUGUUACUUACCUCAAGAAUUACACAGUCUGAAGAAGAUAAACGAGGCGGCUGGGAUGCUUGGGGAGCUUGGAGCGAUUGCUCCCGUACAUGCGGAGGGGGUGCUUCCUACUCUCUAAGGAGAUGUCUAAACGGCAGGAACUGUGAAGGCAGGAAUAUCCGAUAUAAAAGCUGCAGCAAUAAUGACUGUCCUUCAGAAGCUGGAGACUUUCGGGCUCAGCAGUGUUCCGCCUACAACGACGUCAAGUACCAAGGGCACUUCUAUGAGUGGGUUCCUGUGUACGGUGAUGCCGGCUCGCCAUGUGCCUUGAAAUGCCAAGCCUUGGGGAAACCCUUGAUGGUGGAGCUUGCCCCCAAAGUCCUGGACGGCACUCGCUGUAACACCAAAUCUUUGGACAUGUGCAUCAGUGGGAUAUGUCAGGCCGUCGGCUGUGAUCGGCAGCUCGGGAGUCAGGCCAAGGAGGAUAGUUGUGGCGUCUGUGCUGGAGACGGUUCGACGUGCAGGCUCGUGAGGGGACAAGUGAAGGUGCAUCUGUCAUCGGAAAAAAGGGAGGAAACUGUGAUUGCUGUACCACAUGGGAGCCGCAGCGCAAGAAUUACUGUGAAGGGACCUGCACACCUAGUGAUCGAAUCAAAGACCUUGCAAGGAGACAGCAGAGAGCACAGCUUUGAGGCCCCCGGAACGUUUGUCGUUGAAAACACAACUGUCGAAUUUCAGAAGAGUUCGGACCGAGAAACUGUAAAAAUCCCAGGUCCCCUUGGAGCUGAUUUCAUUAUCAAGGCCAGGUACACUGCCCCAAAAGACAGCGUGGUUCAGUUCUUCUUCUAUCAACCCAUCAGUCACCAGUGGAGGCAGACGGACUUUUUCCCGUGCACUGUGACAUGCGGAGGAGGCUAUCAGCUCAACUCCGCCGAGUGUGUGGAUAUCCGUUCGAAGCGUGUCGUGCCGGAUCAGUACUGCCAUUACUACCCUGAAAACAAGAAGCCCAAGCCCAAGCUGAAGGAAUGUAACAUGGACCCCUGCCCAUCCAGCGAUGGAUUUAAGGAAAUCAUGCCUUACGAUCACUUCCAGCCACUUCCUCGCUGGGAACACAACCCUUGGACUGCGUGUUCAGUUUCUUGCGGUGGGGGAAUUCAGAGGAGGAGUUUUGUGUGCGUGGAGGAGACCAUGCACGGAGAGAUACUUCAAGUAGAAGAGUGGAAAUGCAUGUACGCCCCCAAACCCAAAGUCAUGCAAGCUUGCAACCUGUACGAUUGUCCAAAAUGGGUAGCCUUGGAAUGGUCACAGUGCACCGUGACCUGCGGCCGAGGAUUACGUUACCGGGUGGUGCUGUGCAUUGACCAUCGGGGACAGCACACGGGGGGCUGCAACCCUCAACUCAAACCGCACAUCAAGGAAGAGUGCAUUGUGCCUGUCCCUUGUUACAAGCCCCGAGAGAAAAACCCUGUUGAAGCAAAGGUCCCUUGGUCCAAGCAAGCUCACGAAAUGGAGGAGACGAGGACCCUCUCAGAAGAACCCACGUAA